UCAUGGCUUCGUGCUUGAAGGCGACAUUAGUUAUUAUUUUAAUAAUUUUAAUAUUUUAUGAGGUGAAUAGCCUAAAGAUGAUUUUUCAACAGUUGAAAGUAACAUACGCGAAUGAUAAAUAUAUUAAGGAGGGAAAUGCCAACAUCAGACACUACAGGCGUAAUGGUGAUUAUUACAUUAACAUCUGGGGCACUAUCAACCACACGUGGGCUAAUAAUAUUACUAUACAUGUGAUUGUAACGGAGUUUCUCCACAACGAGUACAGAAGGUCUUUCAUCGAGUUCCACUACAAGCUGUGUGAUCUGAUCAACCAUGAGCCCAUGUUUGGUCAAAUGCUCGUCAAGAAGGGAGUCGUGUGUCCUUUACCUAAGGGACAAUACAAGCUGAUGAACAUGACUGUUCAGUCUUAGAACUUCCCCAACUUAUGGCCGUUCGAGAAGGGAGGUCUUGACGUCACCAUCGCCAUCACGGACACGGGGGAGUCCGUAGCCGAGGGCAACCUCCAUGGGUUCUUUAAGCAUGAGAAGAAGAACUAAUUGCCGCUUUCACCAACGGAAUGCCCCUAAGGGCCUGGUUCUUCCUGGCACAUGGAAUAUCAUAUAAUGAUCUUCCCUUCUGACGCACAUGUUUUGACCCAGUUGACCUUACCCAUUUGACUCGCUUUUCUUUUUCUGGUCUUUCCUGACGCGUUUUUGUACAAAGUACAGUCAAUGUCAGAAUUAAUUGGUCAAUAGAAACUAAUUAUUUGUCUGUUGCCGUACGUCGAAACAACGGAGGACUACCAGUACUACCUAAAAAAAUAUGUAUAUUGUAACCUUCACUAUAGUACUCUUCAUUAAUUACUUUCCCCACGCACUGUAUUUUAACA